AUGCAAUUGUUAUCAUCUAUAUUAUCGCUCGUUGUACUCCUCUUGGUGGCACGGCCGAGCAGCCAAACCUUUGGCACUACCAGCAAUAGUGCAGCAGCAAGAGUUUGUGUCUUGAGGAACUGCAAUCUCAAUUCAACGGUGAAUGUGUGCGGCCGGAACAGCUGGAGCUCGUGUCGCCGCUUCUCGAAUCUCUGCCAGAUGCGUUAUUAUCAGUGCGUCACCUCGACGACAUACACAUCCGUGGCGUUGACUCAAUGUUCGGGCCUGAGUGUAGGCUCCAGUGGAACCUGCCGCAGCAGUAGCUCUUCAUCGUCCUUAUCAUCUUCGUCUUUAUUAUCAGGGCUAUCGUCGUCCAGCUCUUCGAAUGUGGUGCCAAUUAUUAUCCGAAGAGGUUAA